AUGUCUCCGAUUCUGAAGCUGUUUAAUACCCGAGGCUCGUACAUGAAAGAACCUUCAAAAGCAGAGCGUCCUAAAUCUGCCUACUUCCCGUCGUCUUUAAACGGCAUGAACGACGAUGAUGGACAGUUCAGGUCCUACAGGUCACACAAACGAAACUCCUUUCAGGGCCCUUCAAUGGCCAGCCCGUACCCUAGCUUCAUGUCCCCCUCGUCAGAGUCCAGGAAAGCUCGGUCUCGCUCAACUUCACCUGUGCGUUCAAAGUCUUCUAGAGGCACUAGUCAAUCACCCGUGAGAGGGCCACAGGGACUCAGAGGCUCUUCGCCAGUGCGAGGCGGUCCAUUCAAUUUCAAACCUCAAGAUAUGCCGAUGAUGCAUUCUAACAGCUCAAACUCUUCGCUCGUUGUGAAGCCGGCCCAUCGUAAGGGUCACAGAUACAAACAUUCCUCGGUGUCUAUGAACUUGUUCCAAGAACCAGUUCCAAUUGCCGAUACCGCACUUUCCCAGGACAUUAUACCCUCUUCAUACCCCAUUCCCAACUGGCGGGAGUCGUGGACUUCCGCAACUGUCUCACAGAAAUACAAAGUGGCAUUGGCCGGAGCUCAUUUCCUGACCUCUGUGAUCGUAUUUGUGGCAGGUACGCUUUUGGGUGAAUCAGCAUUUUCCACCCUUGCUCAUCUUGUUUUUUACGACUCGCUAGGCUCAUUUGUUGUCGCAGCCGUUGAUGUAUUAUCCAACUUUGAUGUCUGGAAAAAGCCCUCCAUCUCAUAUCCUUUUGGAAUCGGCAGACUUGAAGUUCUUCUCGGUUUCGGCUUGAGUACGUCACUCGUGAUGGUUGGAUGCGAUCUUGUGUCCCACUUCAUUGAAGAGAUGGUCGUCAACCUAGCUGUUUCUGGAGAUUCCGAACCUGCGGAACAUGGCUCGCAUCACAUACACGAGUCUUCUGGUAAGUCCAGCUCUCCAGUUGCCUACGAAGCUGUGGUAGCACUUGUUGUAAUAAUGACAUGGGUGACGUCUUCAAUCAUCUGCGAUGGAAACAAGAUAUCUGAGAUUCUCACGGAUAAUACGAACCGCCAGGGAAAUAAGAAGUUCGAUGGCUACUUGGACAAUUUGGCUGAUAAGUCGCCUCUGAUUAAGGAUAAAGCUUUCAACUUGGUUUCGACUUUCCUCCACAAUCCCAUGCGUCUUAUUACGCUACUCUAUUCAUCAUUCCUCCUCAUCGUUCCGUUCCUACCCGAAAGUUUUAGAACCUCUAUCAAGUUUGAUAUUGAUGAAGCUUCGACGUUGAUAGUGGCCUCUACAUUGUGCUAUGCUGGAUGGAAAUUGGUGACAACCUUGGGCGGAAUCCUUUUGAUUUCCUUUCCCUAUUCCGAAUACGACUACAAGGUCCUCAAAAGCUCUGUUACGGAACAUAUUCAGGAUCUUGACAUUUUCAAGCCAGCUUACAGUUUGGAGCAUCUAUUCAUCACCAAAGUUAAUCAUCAGCUUUAUAUCGCCGGUGUGAAGAUUAUUAUGAAAGGAGCAAGUUCAGAUGACGAGUCGAAGAUGAUUUUUGAGGUCAACCGAGUGUUUCAAAACGCUCUCAAGACCUUUGAUAAAGAGAGCAAGGUAGAAAGCACCAUUGAUAUCGAUAGGUGCUGA